CUCUCUCUCUCCCCUUUCUCUCUCCUCUUUCUCUCUCCAAAAGCAAAGCAAAGCAAAGCAAAGUGCUUUCUUCUUCUUCCUACUGCAAACAGUUUGAUUACGCACUUGCUGAAUCAGACUUACAGUCAGUCAUACAUACUCUCUCUCUAAAUUUCCGGAUCCUUUUCUCUCUCUGAAAUGUUACUGUGAAGUAAUCCUAUGUGAAAAAGACUAGCUAGCUGUAGUUAGCUAGGGUUUUGAUACAUUAUUCUCUUUGUUACAACUAAUCAGAUCACUCCAAUGGGGAACUGUUGCAGAUCUCCAGCUUCUGUCGCCAGAGAAGAUGUCAAGUCAUCAAACUACUCCGGUCACGGAGACGGUCGGAAAGACAAGUCCGGUGGAGUUACUAGCGGUAAAAAGACUAUUACAGUUCUAGCAGAUGUUCCCAAGGAGAACAUUGAGGAGAAGUAUUUAGUAGAUAGAGAGCUUGGUCGAGGCGAAUUCGGUGUUACUUAUCUCUGUAUCGAACGUGAUACGAGAGAGUUACUUGCUUGUAAGUCGAUUUCGAAGAGGAAGCUUCGGACGGCUGUGGAUGUGGAGGAUGUGAAGAGAGAGGUAGCGAUUAUGAAACAUUUGCCUAAGAAUUCUAGUAUUGUGACUUUGAAAGAGGCGUGUGAGGAUGAGAAUGCUGUUCAUUUGGUGAUGGAAUUGUGUGAGGGAGGUGAGUUGUUUGAUCGAAUUGUGGCUCGUGGUCAUUAUACUGAACGAGCUGCUGCUGCUGUUACUCGGACGAUUGUUGAGGUUGUUCAGCUUUGUCAUAAACAUGGGGUGAUUCAUAGGGAUUUGAAGCCGGAAAAUUUUCUAUUUGCGAAUAAGAAGGAGAAUUCACCACUUAAAGCUAUUGAUUUUGGAUUGUCUAUAUUCUUUAAGCCUGGUGAAAGGUUUUCUGAAAUUGUUGGAAGCCCAUAUUACAUGGCUCCUGAGGUGCUCAAGCGUAACUAUGGACCAGAAAUAGAUAUAUGGAGUGCAGGAGUCAUUCUCUACAUAUUACUCUGCGGUGUUCCUCCAUUUUGGGCUGAGUCUGAACAGGGGGUUGCACAGGCCAUUCUUCGUGGAACAAUUGAUUUCAAAAGGGAACCAUGGCCAAAUAUUUCGGAGAGUGCCAAGAGUCUAGUCCAGCAGAUGUUGGAACCGGAUCCAAAGCUCCGAUUAACAGCAAAACAAGUCCUUGAGCAUACUUGGCUUCAAAAUGCGAAGAAAGCUUCGAAUGUUCCUCUUGGUGACGUUGUCAAGUCAAGGUUAAAGCAGUUCUCCAUGAUGAACAGAUUCAAGAGAAAGGCUUUGAGGAUUAUUGCUGAUUUCUUAUCGGUUGAAGAGAUUGGAGACAUCAAAGAUACUUUCACAAAAAUAGACACUGAUAAUGAUGGUAUUGUCUCUGUUGAAGAACUAAAAGCUGGUCUUGAAAAGUUUGGUUCACAACUUGCAGAGUCUGAAGUUCAAAUGCUCAUAGAAGCUGUGGAUACAAGUAAGAAAGGAACAUUGGAUUAUGGAGAGUUCGUAGCUGUUUCCCUUCAUAUGCAAAGGAUGGCCAAUGAUGAACAUCUUCACAAGGCUUUCUCCUAUUUUGAUAAAAAUGGUAAUGGUUACAUAGAACCAGAUGAACUCAGGGAUGCCCUAAUGGAAGACGGUGAAGAAGACUGUACAGAUGUAGCAAGAGACAUCUUCCAAGAAGUUGAUUUGGACAAGGAUGGUCAAAUCAGCUACGAUGAAUUUGCGUCUAUGAUGAAAACUGGUACUGACUGGAGAAAGGCUUCUAGACAUUACUCUAGAGGAAGAUUCAACAGCCUAAGCUUGAAGCUAGUGAAAGAUGGUUCGGUAAAAUUGACUAGUGAAUGAGAACUGUGGUAAGUUCUAUUCACUUGUUCUAUGUUUCAUCUCGCGGGUGUGAUUAUUAUAUGUAGGCGCACUUUUAUCGGUUUGCCUGGCUGGCUAUUAUGGAGAGGUGAAAGUAUAUAUAAUCUACCCUCUUUCCAAAAAAAUAUAUGCUAGAAGUGUUAACUGCUGCCCCCCUGUAAUCACGAAAACAGGCAAAUUUGUAUGAUCCGAUAUCUUCUCCCUCGUGUUGUUUCUGACCAGGUAUUUUGUUUUUCCCAAUUGACAACAAUGUGAAAUUGAUGAACACUAUGUAUUUGUUGAAACAUGUUCUUGAGGAAAUAUUAUUGAGAUUUGGUAGUGUUUUGUUUGGCGGGUGUAUGAGCCAUCCUUUUGAA